UCCAUUGCUGGAGAAGGGAAGGGUAGAGAUUGUUGGGUGUGUCAGCAAUCUUUGAAGGAGAGGGGAAACAGUGCAUGGGAGAUCACCAGAGCUGACUUGAGCGCACAGCAAGGCAGUGGAAUCAUUACUCAAUGAAAAUUGAAGUAUUGAGCCAUGCAGAAUGACAAAUGCUUGUUUAAAAAGGUUAAAGACCCGUUUUCUGUCUUGUGUAAUGAUGCGUGACAACGGUAUGAGGAUAAUCUUGAUAAGUUCGACGACAAAAUGCUCCAAUUUUGGGGUGUUAUGAUUAUGAAACUGCUACACUUUUCAGCAUUCAGGAAAUAGGUUUAUAGAGAACAGUUAGGCUACUCAACGUAAGGAAAAGCAGUAUGCUGACAACAUUUUGCUCCUUGCUCACCGAACAGGACAGCGACUCAUGGGAUGUAGUGUGGGCUGUAGAACAAGGCUCAACUUUGGAAAGGCGCUGUCCAAAGUAUCCGUGUGUUUUACCAUGGUCGUGAUUUUCACCUAUUUCUUCUACUGUUUUACCGGAUUAUGUGACUCCGCGCCGAGACAGAUGUUCGACCAUCACACUGUAAACAGAGACUAUGAUAUAUCGGACAGUACGUACGACAACUUGCGACCGUCAGCUCGACUCUAUCCUCACCAGCCGGGCGCACCGACUCCCUGGAACAGGACAGACACUUCAACCGGCGCCGCGCUCCACCGUGCAGACGAACAGGUCGCCAAGCUACAGUGGGUUGAAGGCGGACUGCUCCCACAAGAAAUACCGGAGAGCACCAAGGAAAAUCUGGCUGCUCACGGCAUCCCGGUGUCCAACACAUUUGAGAGUAAGAAGUUCCCACAAGCCAUCAUAAUCGGUGUGAAGAAAGGCGGAACGCGCGCUCUGCUGGAGUUCCUACGGAUUCAUCCGGACGUGAGAGCUGUCGGAGCAGAACCUCACUUUUUCGACAGGUUCUACGAGAAAGGACUUGAGUGGUACAGGAACCUGAUGCCUCGGACCCUAGAAGGUCAGAUCACCAUGGAGAAGACGCCCAGCUACUUUGUGACCAAGGAGGCUCCUCGUCGCCUCUGCACCAUGAACUGCCACACCAAGCUCAUUGUAGUCGUCCGCGACCCCGUGACCCGGGCAAUCUCCGACUAUACCCAGACGCUGUCCAAACAACCCGGCCUCCCGUCUUUCCAGAGCCUGGCCCUCAAGAAUACCUCUACGGGAUUGGUCGACACCUCGUGGAGCGCCGUGCGCAUCGGCCUGUACGCCAAGCACCUGGAGAACUGGCUCCAACACUUCCCCUUAUCUCACUUCCUGUUCGUCAGCGGCGAGCGGCUGGUGUCCGACCCGGCGGGGGAGAUGGGCCGGGUGCAGGACUUCCUGGGUCUGAAGAGGGUGGUGAGUGACAAGCACUUUUACUUCAACCAGACUAAGGGAUUCCCCUGUCUGAAGAAGCCAGAGGGAAGCAGCAGGCCCCGGUGUCUGGGGAAGUCCAAAGGAAGGCCUCAUCCACAGAUCUCACCAGAGGUACUGCAGAGGCUCAGGGACUUCUACAGGCCAUUCAACCGCAGGUUCUACCGGAUGACUGGACAAGACUUUGGAUGGGACUGAGCCGUCCACCAAUGUUACAUGGAAAUCAAGCUAAAGGAUGAAAAUGAUUACUUUAAAACAUGUGUAGAGGAUACUGCUUUCAUCAAGACAGGAAACACAAGACUGACAUUACAUUUGUCAAUGAGGGAACAGGGGUUCUAGGUUACCACUUUGACUUGUGACAUGGUAUGCAUUAUACAAAAUGUUGGCAUUUUUUGGUAUUUUAUGGAACAAUGAUAUAAAGCUGUCGUUUAUAGUUUCAGUUACAGUAUGUGUAUGUUGCUACAUGUAAGAAUAAUGUAAGAACUCAUUGUUUUGCCAGUGUAAAGUACAUGAACCAGGAGAUCAUGAUACAUGUCACACAGUAAGUAGACCAAAGGACGUUGAUGACUUGAUACCUCUGUGUGAGGAGACUCAUGUUACAAUGGAUUAUACAAAGGAUUUAUAACCAACCUGUUUCUGACCAGCGUGUGUGUGUGUGUGUGUGUGUGUGUGUGUGUGUGUGUGUGUGUGUGUGUGUGUGUGUGUGUGUGUGUGUGUGUGUGUGUGUGUGUGUGUGUGUGUGUGUGUGUGUGUGUGUGUGUGUGUGUGUGUGUGUGUGUGUGUGUGUGUGUGUGUGUGUGUGUGUGUGUGUGUGUGUGUAGGUUUGUGUGUGUGUGCAUGCUUAAGAUACCGUAAGAAAAGUGUAUUUAUUGCAAUAAGUGUACGUAGCUUUAAUUAUUCUUGUGAUCACCCGACUAAGCAACAAAAAAAUUCUAUAUCAGGGUUGACAAUCCUUUUCUUUUGACUUUUGACUUGAGUUUUCAAUGGUACUGUAUAUAUAAAAACCAAAUGUGUAACUAUCUAUCAUUAUCUGUCAAGUCAAUCUAAUACCAGACCCUGUUUACAGCAUUUCCAUUGGGACAGUAUUACAUUGGGACAGUAUUCCAUUGGGACAGCAUUUCCAUUGGGACAGUAUUCCAUUGGGACAGUAUUCCAUUGGGACAGCAUUUCCAUUGGGACAGUAUUCCAUUGGGACAGCAUUUCCAUUGGGACAGUAUUACAUUGGGACAGUAUUACAUUGGAUGAUGAACCUCUAUUAUAAAGACUUUGUACACAGAAUCAUUUUUCUUCUCCUUGGGUAAAGAGCUAAUUAUGAUGUGAUACUUAUUUCACCUUUUAACUCAAAGUUAUUUAAGCCUCAUUUAAAAUGAUGUUCUUACUUGCAAACCGUUGAUGCAUCCAACAAUGAUACCUCACUUAGGGUACAGAAACACCAUUUUGCAACCGAAACAGAUUUGUAUGUAUAGUUUACCCUUCAAUGAUGAAAUGCAAUGUACAAUGAGUAUCAUUAUCUUGACGUUACCAGUUCACUUAACUCUACCAGUUCAUUUGUAAAUGUCAUGCUUAAAGAUUAUGUUUGUCAAAGUUUAUUUCCUUUCAAUUCAUAUUACUCUGUAAAAAUGUUCUAUUAAACCAUACUGAAGUUUACAACACUAUUGUACAUACUGAAAUGAGAAUAUGUUGAGAUGUUUAGUAAAGCUUCAUUUGAAAUGAA